GAUACGCUACAGUUGGCGACGAGGAAGCGGCGGCGAUGGCCGUCGGCAGGAUCGGCGAGUACCGUCUGGGCACAAACGCGUCAUGGGACGAAUACGUCGAGAGGCUCGAAAUGUUCUGCGAAGCUAACAAGAUAGCGAAAGAACAGAAAAGAGCCGCCCUGCUGAGUUGUUGCGGCGAAGAAGCGUACGGGCUCAUCGUGACUCUGGUGAAGCCAGCAAGACCGACAGCAGCAACCUACGAGGAAAUUGAGACGGCGGUCCGCAAGCACCUGCAUCCAAGGCGUUCAGAGCUGUACGCAAUGUUUUUGUUCUACAAAAGAAACCAGGCUGCCGAGGAAUCGGUUGCGGACUACGUCACGGCGCUUCGGAAGCUAGCCGAAGACUGCGGUUUUGGCGACGAGCAGCUCCCGUUGGACAUCAUGAUGCGAGAUCGUUUCGUAUGCGGCCUCCAGAACGAAGCCCUUCAACAGAGACUUCUCGCAGAACACGACCUUACGUUCAACGUUGCGUACGACAUGGCCGCUACCGCAGAAGCGACAGCCAAGCAACAGCGAGACAUACGCAUGCAAGGCCGAGACGAGUCGAAGGACUGCCAGGGCAUGAUACAAGACGCCGCGGCAGAGGGAUCCAGUUGCUACCGUUGCAACGGUAAGCACUCUCCGCAUUUAUGCAUUUUUAGAUAAGCGGCAUGCUUCAAAUGCAAAACGGUUGGACAUAUAGCGAGGGCUUGUCGUUCAAAAGACGAAAGUAGAGCGGCCUGGAAGACGCCUGAGCAAAAGAGGAAAGUUGAAAAGAGCAAGGGCGUGUACGAAAUGAGUGCAUUGUUUUCACUUUGCGAAGUGAAUGAGCAAGAACAGAAGUUUAUGGUUAAAGUACAGAUACAAGGACAAGAAGUCCCGAUGGAGGUUG